AUGUCCUGCAAUGACCUGUGCUCCACCGCUGGCUCCGGCCUCAUCCGGCCCCAGCCCCUGGCUGACACCGGGAACGAGCCGUGUGUGCGCCAGUGCCCCGACUCCACCGCCGUGAUCCAGCCUCCCGCCGUGGUGGUCACCUUCCCCGGGCCCAUCCUCAGCUCCUUCCCGCAGGAUUCCGUGGUGGGAUCUGCUGGAGCACCGUUCCUUGGAGCCUCUGGGGGCUCCUCCCUGGGCUAUGGGGGCUAUGGGUCCGGGGGCUACGGGGGUUAUGGAUAUGGGGGCUAUGGGGGUUAUGGAUCCCUGGGACACGGAGGAUUUGGAUUUGGGGGAUUUGGCUCUGGAGGAUAUGGCGGUUAUGGAUCUGGGGGAUAUGGGGGUCUCUGUGGAUACGGGGGCUACGGAUCCCUGGGCUAUGGGGGUCUGGGGGGCUACGGGGGGUUCCGGGGCCUGUCUGGCUUCGGGAGAUCCUUUGGCUCUUGGUCCGGCCGCUACGGCCGCGGCGGCUGCGGCUCCUGGUAA